CCUGCCUAAAAUCCCAUUCAUGAGUACCGGAGGGAAAGAAAAAAACGUGUGGGGGCUUCCUGGAAGGACUAGCCAUGCUAGGCUGUUUUCUUCUUCGUUGCCCAUCUUUUUUCAUAAGAAGCUUAAUUUUAAUGAAUCCAACCGAAGUGGUUUGUCGCUGGAUGACGAAUUUCCUAGCCUUAGCAAACUACAAUUACAAGAUGAAGUACUUGAACCACUGCCUGGUGAUGAAGGUGAACUUUCUGACGAUUUCGAUCUCUCUUGGUUGCCAACUCAACUUGAGGACUUGGAUGAUGAUAUUUUUGCAAGUGGAGGUGGAAUGGAAAUCGAACCCGAAUAUCUACUCAAUGGGACAUCAAGGAUGAGUCCUGACUCUAUUGGUCCCAGCAGCAUUGCACAAUAUGGCUUUGCAAAUAGCGUUGGAUCGGUUAGUAGUGAACAUCCAUACGGAGAGCAUCCUUCAAGGACAUUGUUUGUUCGCAAUAUCGACAGUAGUGUGAAAGAUUCUGAACUGAAGUCUCUCUUUGAGCAAUAUGGAGAUAUCAGAACUCUUUAUACAGCAUGUAAGCAUAGGGGUUUUGUGAUGAUAUCUUACUAUGACAUCAGAGCUGCUCGAAGUGCAAUGCGUGGCUUGCAAAAUACGCCCCUGAGGCGAAGGAAACUCGACAUCCAUUUUUCAAUUCCAAAGGACAAUCCAUCUGAAAAAAAUCUCAACCAGGGAACUUUGGUGGUGUUCAAUGUUGAUGAUUCUGUAUCUAAUGACGACCUUCGCCAAAUUUUUGGUGCUUACGGGGGCGUGAGGGAGAUAAGGGAAACGCCACAUAAACGACACCACAAGUUCGUCGAGUUUUAUGAUGUUAGAGGUGCAGAUGCAGCUCUUAAGGCUUUGAACGGAUGCGACAUAGCUGGAAAGCGCAUAAAGCUUGAACCUAGCCGGCCUGGUGGUGCUCGUCGCAGCUUACUGCUGCAACCGAGCCAAGAUCAGGAACUAGACGAAGCUCGAGGUCUCUGCCAUCCAACAGGUUCACCCAUAAGCAACUCUCCUCCAGGUAUUUGGAAGUAUUUUGGCAGCCCGGUCGAGCAAAAGUCCUUGCACGGUUACAGUCAGUCGCCUCUUUUUGGAGGAAAGCUCAGCCCUGUAGGUAGCACUCACUUGUCUGGUUUGGCUUCUAUUUUCCCUUCUCAUGUAUCAAGUCCUGUAAAGAUUUCACCCAUCGGUUCAAGAAUAAGUCAUUCGAACCGGGUAUUUACCAACGGGGAGCAUGGAGCACCCUAUCAGCAACACUUUUCUGUUCCGGACUCGAUGAUAAGUUUAAGUCCUGGAACCGCUUCAUCGUUUAGUGAUUCCAAGCCGUCCAGUGUAGGAACGCUUUCUUGUCCUCAGUUUCUUUGGGGAAGUCCCUCUGUCCGCUCAGACCUCAUUACCUCACAGAAAGGGCUCCCAUUUCCAUCUAGAGCACAUGGAACCGGCUUCCCAUUUCAUGUUGGAUCCGCUCCACCGGGUAUUCAGAUGGAAAGACAUAUUGGUUUUUUCGUUGAAAGUGGUUCUUCUAGCUCCCGGAUGAUGCCAAUGUCCAGAAAUGGUCCUAUGUGUUUUGGAGGCAAUGAUGGAGCAAUGGAUCGUGGUCGAAGAAGGGCUGACAGCGGAAGCCAAAUGGACUGUAAAAGCCAAUACCAACUCGAUUUGGAUAAGAUCAGAAAUGGUGAAGAUACUAGGACCACUUUGAUGAUUAAAAACAUCCCGAACAAGUACACUUCGAAGAUGCUUCUUCUAGCUAUCGAUGAAACGCACAAGGGUGCAUACGAUUUCCUCUAUUUGCCAAUCGACUUCAAGAAUAAGUGCAAUGUUGGAUAUGCCUUCAUCAAUAUGGCCUCUCCUCUUCACAUCAUCUCAUUUUUUGAGGCAUUUGAUGGCAAGAAAUGGGAAAAGUUCAACAGCGAAAAAGUUGCAGCGUUGGCAUAUGGAAGAAUCCAGGGAAAAGUCGCUCUCGUUUCACAUUUUCAGAACUCAAGUUUGAUUAAUGAAGAUAAGCGGUUUCGACCAAUUCUUUUCCAAUCCGAGGGCCAAGAAUCUGAUGAUUUGUCGAACUUCUCAUCCAGCAAUCUGAACAUUUUUGUCCGCCAGCCAGACGGAUCUUACACAGGAGAUGCUCUCGACAGCCCAAAGGGUGAUCAAGAUCAGAAGCCGUAUGGUUUUUGGAGCAACUGA